GGGGCCGAGCGCUCGGCCGGGCGGGAGCUCAGGAUGCUCGGGCAGCGCCGCGGGCCGGGCGGGCGCGAUGGAGCCGCCUGAGGGCUGGGACCCCUACGGGCGGCCGGCCCGGCGCACGCAGUGGCUGGUCAGCGCCCUCGCCUACCACUACGGGCUGGACCGCGGCGUGGAGAACGAGAUCGUCGUGCUGGCCACCGGCCUGGACCAGUACCUGCAGGAGAUCUUCCACCGCUUGGACUGCGCCGGUUCGGGCCGCAUCCCCGGCGAGGACUUCCGCACGCUGUGCCAGGUGCUGGGGCUGGAGGAGGCGGCGGAGCCCGAGGAGUGCGCGGAGCUGUGGGACGGGCUCUCGGCCGAGCUCACCUUCCGCCAGUUCCACGCGCGGCUCUGCGGCCACUUCAGCACCCGCGCGGGGCCGCGGCUGCCGCUGGGCCGGGAGAGCGAGCACAUCGAGACCCAGAUCCGCCUGCGCAGCCCCCGCCGCCGCCGCCGCACCGACCCCGCCGGCCGCGGAGCCGCGGGCAGCGCCGAGCGGCGGCCGCCGGGGCCCCGCUCCCGAGAGUGCUACGAGGAGAUCGUGGCGCUGGAGCAGGCCGAGGACCGCAUGGCCAAGCUGGAGGAGGAGAACGGCAGCCUGCGGGAGCUGGUGGAGGACAUGCGCGCCGCCCUGCAGAGCAGCGAUGCGCGGUGCCUGGCGCUGCAGGUGGGACUGUGGAAGAGCCAUGCCAGCCAUAGAGAAGGAGGAUCCUGCUUCAUAGGGAGGAAGAGACCAUUAACACAGAAGCACGCCCAGACCAAGUGCCUCCAAAGUGUCCUGGAGGAAAUGGAGCUCAUGCGGAGCUCCAGGGAUGGGCAGAUUGAAGAAGCCAUCAGGUUCAGCCAGGAGCUGGAGAAGGAGCUGAAGAGCUCUCAGGAAGCUCUGGUCAGCCUGGAAGAUUGCAACCGUAACCUGAAGAGGGAGCAGGCAGAGACGAGGAGGAAGGUGGAAGAGGCCAGACACGCUGUCCUGAACAGUCUUGGCAAAGUGAAGGAGCUGGAAGUGAGAGCUAAGGAGGUGCCACAUCUGCAAAUACACAUCCAGCAGCUGGAAUCACAACUGCAGCACUACAGGUAGGUUGGAGUCUGACAAAAAGUGCCCAUAAAUUCAGUGUUGGGGCACAGGUGAGUUUGAGAAUCUCUGGUUGGGGCUUAUUAGAUGUCUCCAGAACACCUUGUAAAAUCUGGCCAGAGGGAAAUUAGAAGCUGCUCAUCCAUUUUCUUGGUAGGGGUCUUUAGGAGAUCUAGCAGUCUUCCAGGCCAAAGGGUGCUGGUCUGCAGAGAGCUGAAGUCACUCCUCAGACACUCAACAACAGAACUCAGCAUGCUAAUGCUUCAGGAAAGCCCCAACACAAAUUGCUGAACGUCCUUCAGAAACCAUUUCCAACAGACUUUUUCCGCUGCCUUUCCUGGUCCUUCGGUCCCAUCCCAAGCCAGCUGUAAUCAGAUGGCUGACUCUCCAUUUUGUAUAAAAGCUCUUCAGCUUGUCCUAGGAAUUGGGGAAAAGCACACAAGGACAACUUCUGGCUGCUGGUUGGAAACUUGCUGUGACUUCAUUGCUUCUUCACUGAGAGAACAGGUGAUAGAGGAGGGAAGCUGAAACGUUCCUAAACCCACAAAAUAAUAGAGUGGGAAUCUCAAAAAACACUUGCCAACUAAACCCCACUUUUGCAACGGCAUAAACAAAUCCUUCCAGAAGUCAGAAAGUUGGUCACAAAUUUAAUAGUCCACUGCUUUUGUUGCUUUUAACCUCAGACCAAACUUGGACUCACCGAUGGUUAGUAAGCGUUAGUCAUUUCUGCCCAAGUUCCAGACUGACCUAAGGAAUAAAAUCUAGUUUAUAUU